AUGGCGAAGGCCCCGACGUAUCGGCCAAUGGUGGGAUGGGUGUACGAUACAAUGCUAUGGCUGUUUUCGGUUUUGGUCGAUUUAUUCUUUCGAGAGGUGCAUCCACGCGGGUCAUGGAAGGUCCCCAAGAGGGGCGCAGUGAUUCUGGUUGCUGCUCCGCAUGCGAACCAGUUUGUCGAUUCUCUAAUCCUAAUGCGCGUCAUGCUCAGAGAGCUACAGCGGCGAGUUGCAUUUCUCAUCGCCGAGAAGUCGUUUAAACGAAGGUUCAUCGGGCUGCUAGCUAGGACUGCGGGGGCUGUACCGGUCUCUAGAGCGAUGGAUAACUUGAAGCCCGGCCAGGGGACGAUUUAUCUCCCGGACCCUGUGAACAACCCUACUCUACUGAGAGGAAUCGGUACAAACUUUGAAGAUCCGCAGUUUCAAGUUGGGGGCACGAUUACACUCCCCACGGUGAACGGGAAGGCUGCAAGCACUGAUAUUCGCGAGAUACACGGGCCUGAAGAGCUUAUAUUGAAGAAGCCAUUCAUGACCAAGGAUGCUCUCUAUCAGUUGACGGGUAGAAGUGACAUUAGCCCUGACGGACGGUUCACCGGCGACGCUGAUGCGAACGUUUCAGAUUUUCAGGGCACCAAGUUCAAGGUUGCGCCGCACAUUGACCAAACACAGGUUUACAGGGCGGUGUUUGAUACUCUAAACCAUGGUGGCUGUAUUGGUAUCUUCCCUGAGGGAGGUAGCCAUGACCGCCCGGAUUUGCUACCUUUGAAAGCCGGCGUUGCAUUGAUGGCUCUCGGAGCCCUAGCUGAAAACCCCGACUGCUCCGUGAAAAUUGUUCCCUGUGGAAUGAACUAUUUUCACGCUCAUAAAUUUCGGUCUCGGGCUGUCAUAGAAUUCGGCAACCCAAUUGAAGUGCCCCGGGAACUUGUUCAAAUGUACCGGGAGGGACAUAGGCGUGAAGCAGUAGGCACAUUGCUAAAUACGAUCUAUCAGGCGCUCGUUUCAGUCACAGUUACCAGUACAGAUUAUGAGACACUGAUGUUGAUCCAAGCUGCAAGACGGUUGUAUAAUACUGGCAAAAAGUUGCCGCUGCCAGUUGUCGUGGAGCUUAACCGCCGCCUUGUCAAAGGGUAUGAACACUAUAAGAACGACCCCAGAAUUAUACAAGCGAAAAAGGCCGUAAUGGACUACAACAAACAGCUAUGGCUUCUUGGAAUUCGAGAUCAUCAAGUCGAAUACGCCAAGUUUUCGAUUACGAAGGUCAUCAGCACGUUAGUGUACCGCCUCCUGAAACUGGCUGUCAUGACAAUCGGGACACUACCUGGAUUAGUCCUGUUUGCUCCCGUCUUUGUGGCCACAAAGACGAUCUCGAUUAAGAAGUCUAGAGAAGCGCUAGCAGCGUCUAGUGUCAAAAUUCAAGGUCGUGACGUGAUGGCGACCUGGAAGCUUUUGGUUGCUCUGGCGAUCGCGCCACUGACAUAUGCUUUCUAUACCGUUGUUCUUACCUACUGGACUUACCAUAAUCGCGUGCAGGGAUACGUUCCGGGCUGGGUCCCACUCUGGAUGGUGGUGUUAUUCAGUGUUAUAGUUUUCCCAUCCAUUACAUUCGCCGCGCUGCGUAUUGGGGAGACUGGAAUGGACAUUCUCAAAUCUCUGCGGCCGCUGGUGUUGUCACUCAACCCAACUUCUGCAAAUACGCUAUAUAAACUCCGAGCCAGACGUGCAGAGUUAUCAGAAAUGGUGACGCAUCUCAUCAACACUUUCGGACCGGAACUGUACCCCGACUUUGACGCGACAAGGAAUCGUUGCGGACCCAUUCAAGGGCGCCCUUUUAUACAGAUGUCGAUUUGGCAAAAGCCGAAGCCCAAGUUGACGGAGCACCACGAUCAACUCCCACGGAACGAAUCUUUCCACGACCUUGCUAGAAUAGGCUUUUUCUCCACACGCCCGCCUAGCCGUGAUGGCGGCCAUAGCCGAAGCAGCUCCAGCGGUGGUCUGGUGAGAUCGUCGGCAAUGAAACCCUUCACGAUGCUCGAUAGCAAGGAGAGUUUCGACGAAGUCACGAAGCGCAUCCGCGGAGCGAUGAGGGAGCGGGGACGCCGACGACGGAAGAGCGAGGACAGUGCAUGGUCAAUGGCAAGUUCAGGGUCGAUGUCGCCGGUUCGAAUGGAAACUAAAAAGCAAAGCCUAGUUAUCUGUGUACUGAUACGCAUUGCUACAACCUGUCUACCGUUGACUGUCCCUGUGUUGCGCCUCGUCGUCGUCUCCGGCUGA